AUGGGUAGCCCUAGUCACUCAGGAACACAGAGCGAGAGCGAGAAAGGAACACAGAGCGAGAGAGGAACACAGAGCGAGAGAGGAACACAGAGCGAGAGCGAGAAAGGAACACAGAGCGAGAGCGAGAAAGGAACACAGAGCGAGAGCGAGAAAGGAACACAGAGCGAGAGCGAGAAAGGAACACAGAGCGAGAGCGAGAAAGGAACACAGAGCGAGAGCGAGAGAGGAACACAGAGCGAGAGAGGAACACAGAGCGAGAGCGAGAAAGGAACACAGAGCGAGAGCGAGAAAGGAACACAGAGCGAGAGCGAGAAAGGAACACAGAGCGAGAGCGAGAAAGGAACACAGAGCGAGAGCGAGAAAGGAACACAGAGCGAGAGAGGAACACAGAGCGAGAGCGAGAAAGAAUGUGCUUGUUUGAGAUGGAGUCUGCUCAGAUUAUCAGAUCUUCACAACACCUGGAGAAGCAUUUAA